UUGGGUGCAGCAUUUAAGUUUUUGUUUUUGUUAAUUUUCUCACUCCAUUUCCUUCUUCCAAAUUCUCUCUAUGUCUGGUAUUUCCAACUGGCAACUCUAAUCCAACCCUAAAUACACGGGAUCGUUCCGCUUUGACUCACCGAGUUGCUUCCUCUUUCACAUCCUCUUGUUCCCAUGGCAUAAGGUAAAAACCCCCCUCACUUCUCUUCAUUCCCACCACCUUCACCUUCAUCUCAUGUUAACCGUGAAUCUAGCUCAUCAUUUUCCAUCCUUUUAUUUUGUUGAUUUAGGAAUAUAUUGGGUCCAAGUUCAUCAUAACCCCACUUUACUUUUCUGAUCUUGGUGUUGUAAAAAUCAGAUCUUUUAAUCAAAUUUAAGCUGUUUGUUGGUUAUACAAUUCUGGGUGUGUUUAGAUUCAUUGUAAUUACAAAGCAAAACAAGGGUUUUGUGGGUUUGGACUUGUGUGUGAUAAUGAGGAACAUAAAUAGAUAUUUUGUUUAUGUUCCAUUGUUUCUGUCUAUGAUGUUAGCUAUAGAACUUGUUCUAGCAGCAGAUUUUAAGCCUACCGAUAAAAUUCUGUUAAAUUGUGGUGGCCCUGCUGUUAGUUCUGACCCUGAUGGCCGUGAAUGGACCACUGACAAUGGUUCCAAGUUUGGUUCUUUAACUGGAAAAUCGACCACAUCACAGGCUGCAGCUCAAGACCCUGCCGUCCCUCAAGUUCCAUUCAUGACGGCACGGAUAUUUCAAUCGCAGUAUACCUACAGUUUUCCUGUGGCUUCUGGUUGGAAGUUUCUCCGGUUGUAUUUUUAUGCUGCUUCUUAUUCGGGUCUAAAUGUAUCCGAUGCCCGAUUUGGUGUGACGUCGCAAUCCUACAGUGUGCUCAGUAACUUCAGUGUUCUUGAGACCACUUUGGGUUUGAAUUAUGAUUAUAUUGUGAAGGAAUAUUCCAUCCAUGUUGAUGGAGGUACCUUGAAUGUGACUUUUACUCCAUCUCCCAAAGCAACUAAUGCAUAUGCAUUUGUUAAUGGGAUUGAGAUUGUUUCGAUGCCUGAUAUUUAUAGUUCUACUGAUACCAUGAUUGUUGGUACAAAUAAUAUCUUCACCAUUGACAACAGCACUGCUCUUGAGAAUAUUUAUAGGUUAAAUGUGGGUGGGAAUGAUAUUUCGCCUUCUCAUGAUACCGGCAUGUUUAGGUCAUGGAGUGAUGACGUGCCUUUCAUCUAUGGGGCCGGGUUUGGAGUUACUGAGACUGCUGAUCCACAAGUGAAGAUUGAGUAUCCUCCUGGAACACCAUCUUAUAUUGCUCCAACUGAUGUUUACUUGACGGCCAGAUCGAUGGGUCCGGAUGCCAAUAUCAACUCGAAUUACAACUUAACUUGGAUAUUCUCAAUUGAUUCUGGGUUUUCCUAUCUUGUGAGACUUCACUUUUGUGAGGGCACAACGACGAUAACCAAGAUUAAUGAAAGAGUAUUUAAUAUAUUCAUCUCUAAUCAAACUGCUUUUGGCGGGGCUGAUGUUAUUGCAUGGGCAGAUACUUUUAAUCUUCCACAUUCAAACGGGGUUCCGGUGCAUAAAGAUUAUGUUGUAUUUGUUCCUAAUGGGCAACCAAGGCAGGACCUAUGGCUUGCAUUGCAUCCAGAUACAGCUGCUAAACCGCAGUACUACGAUGCAAUCUUGAAUGGAGUAGAGAUAUUCAAAGUCAGUGAUAGUAAUGGUAAUCUGGCAGGGACAAACCCUCCUCCUCUUCCUUUGCAGGACUUAAUUGACCCGUCAAUGGCUAGGCAAUCAAGUCACGGUAAAUCUAACAGUCAUACAGGUCUUAUAGCUGGAGGUGUUGGUGCCGGAGUUGUUUUAUUACUUGUGAUUGGGCUAUAUGCUUUCAGCACAUCUCGUCGCCGUAGGCGUAGAAAAGAUUCUAGUACAAGUGAAGGACCAUCUGGCUGGCUUCCACUUUCACUUUAUGGUAAUUCACACUCUGCGGCUUCUGCCAAGACCAACACAACAGGAAGUUACACAUCCUCACUUCCACAAAACCUUUGUCGUCAUUUCUCAUUUGCUGAAAUCAAGGCUGCUACAAACAACUUUGACGAGGCUUUGAUUCUCGGUGUGGGAGGAUUUGGCAAGGUUUACAAAGGAGAAAUUGACGGCGGAUCGACUAAAGUCGCAAUUAAACGUGGGAAUCCACUUUCUGAACAGGGUGUGCACGAAUUCCAAACUGAAAUUGAAAUGCUCUCUAAACUUCGUCAUCGCCACCUUGUUUCGCUGAUUGGAUACUGUGAAGAGAACACUGAAAUGAUCCUUGUCUAUGAUCACAUGGCCUAUGGAACACUCAGGGAGCAUCUAUACAAGACACAGAAACCUCCACUGCCGUGGAAGCAAAGGCUUGAGAUAUGCAUUGGAGCUGCUCGGGGUUUGCAUUAUCUUCACACCGGUGCUAAACACACUAUCAUCCACCGUGACGUGAAGACAACAAACAUUUUACUAGAUGAGAAGUGGGUGGCCAAGGUUUCUGAUUUUGGAUUGUCGAAAACAGGUCCUACAUUGGAUAAUACACAUGUGAGUACUGUGGUAAAGGGUAGUUUUGGGUACUUGGAUCCGGAAUACUUCAGGAGGCAGCAACUGACCGACAAAUCCGAUGUGUACUCAUUUGGUGUGGUUCUAUUUGAGAUACUCUGCGCUCGCCCGGCUUUGAACCCAACCCUAGCUAAAGAGCAAGUGAGUCUAGCUGAAUGGGCAGCUCAUUGCUACAAAAAAGGCAUUCUUGACCAAAUCAGUGAUCCUUAUUUGAAGGGCAAGAUAGCUCCCGAAUGCUUUAAGAAGUUCGCCGAGACAGCGAUGAAGUGCGUGGCUGACCAAAGCAUUGAAAGGCCAUCCAUGGGGGAUGUCUUGUGGAACCUGGAAUUUGCUUUGCAGCUGCAAGAAAGCGCGGAAGAGAGUGGAAAUGGUUUUGGUGGAAUACACGGCGAAGAUGAGCCAUUGUUUACAGAUUUGAAAGGAAAGAAGGAGUUGGAUGCGUUGCCGGGUUACGAUGGUAAUGUAACUGAUUCCAAAAGCAGUGGCUUGUCAAUGAGUAUUGGAGGUAGAAGUUUGGCUAGUGAAGAUUCUGAUGGGUUAACUCCUAGUGCUGUUUUUUCACAGAUCAUGAAUCCAAAAGGGCGUUAAGGUUCAUCUGGUAUGAAUUCCUUACACGUUCAAACACUCAAUCAAGUUGGGUAGUGCAAUCUGCUUAAAGCAAAUCUGAACUUUACUUGUUAAUUUUCUUAAUAUUAUUAUUAUUAUUAUUCCUUUUGUUUGUAUUAUUGUUUCUGAUUCAUUAUGAGUAUCUAAGAAGUUGUAAUAUGUGGACAUAAAAGAUUGAAGAGCAAAUGUAUUGUAACUGAGGUUGUUGUAAUCUUAAUCUUCGGAAACCAUAGGGUUCCUCAAUGAUUGAUAAGACCUGCAAGACAAUGGUUGAUGAGGGUGUGUCUCACUCCCUUUUUAAACAUCUAUUUUGUUGUUCAUAAGUUAUCAUCUAUUUUCUUAUGUUAGUAAACUGACAUGUUUUUAUUUA